GUACCUUUUUCAGCACCAGACAUCAUUGAAAAAGGAUGAUGUUGUCUAUAUUUUUUGUGGUUCUUGGUUUUGUUUCUGUGAUCAAAUCAGAACAUUGUCUUAGACAGAAGGAACAAUCACUUAUAUCAAGUAUACGGUCAACUUUGAAGACGUUAGAAGAAGAUUUGGCAGGUAAAUAUGCGGAGUGCCAAACAGGAUGGAAGGAAUACAAGAAUCAUUGUUAUUAUUUUUCAAGUGAUACGAAAACUUGGCAUGAGGCUGAGAAAAUAUGCAGAAAUAUGGGCGGGUAUCUUGUACAGAUUACAGACUCCUCUGAAAAUUCAUGGGUUGUGACCAUUUUGACAAAAGCAGUUCAACAUCAAUUUGGCUAUUGGAUGGGAGCAACGAACGUUAAGGAGGGACUAUGGAAAUGGAUCAAUGACUUGUCUAAAGUUCAAUAUUCUAACUGGAAUCCUGGCCAGCCCGAUAAUUACGGCGAUGAAGAAGAUUGUGCCAGCUUUUGGAAAGAUAUUAAAUAUAACUGGAAUGACGCACCUUCCAAUUAUAGUGGUAUAGGGUACAUAUGUGAGAAAACACGUGCAUAGGACAUACUAAACAGAGUGAAACAUUAGACGGGACGAGAGUAGAUCAUCAAUUCAAUAGAUAUAUUCUAUAAAUAAAUAAAAAUAUCUCAAGCA